AUGACAAACAAGCCGAAGAUCGUUGCCACCGUCUCGGUCAGAAGAAGCCCGUACAGGUUAUGCGCCUUGUCGCUAAAGAUUCCGUCGAGGAAGGCAUGGAAAAGACUGGCCAAACUGGAGCUGGAUCUCGAACAUGAAGUGACGAUUGCUGCUCGUGGAGCUCCUGCUGCUGCCGAUGCGGAAGGGACUGAAGGCCACAGCGAUGAAGAAGAGGACGCCAAUGAGCUGAGACGCAUCAUGACUCAGGCCAGGGCCGUUCGACGUCGCAAG